AUGGCGAAGGCCACGAGGCGCCCGGUGUCUGUGAACAAGUAUGCGGUUGCGACGGCCGUGCUCUCGACUGCCGCGCCUCUCUUCUUGGGCUACGACCUGGCAAUGGUGAGCAGCACGGCCGUGCUGGCGGAGGCCGACCUGAAGCUCCUGGCGUGCACCGUCGUGGUCUCCUCCCUCACGGGCGCGCUCGCCGCCGUGGGGGCGCAGCGCCUCAUCGGCGACCGCCGGACCGCGCUCCUCUCCGCCUCGCUGCUCUGCGCGGGCGCGCUCGCCAGGGGCCUCGCCGUCGACCUCGCGGCGUUCACGUGCGGCAUCUUCGUCAACGGCGUGGGCAUGGGCCUGGCGCUCAUGAUCGUGCCGGCCUACGCCGUGGAGCUCAGCCCGUCCUCGCUGCGGGGCGCCCUCUCCUCCCACCCGGACGGCCUCGUGUACCUCGGCUGCAUCCUCGGCUCCCUCUGCUACUCCACGGGGCUGCUGAGACUCCCGGCGCACCUCGCCUGGCGAGUGACCGUGGCCUCCGGCACGGCCAUUCCGGCCUUGCUUGGCUGCGCCGUGCUUCUCAUGCCGGAGUCGCCUCGCUGGCUCGUGGCCAACGACCAGGUGGCCGAGGCCCGGCGCGUGCUCUCCAGGACGUCCGCCACGCUGGAGGAGGCCGAGCUCCGCCUGCUCGAGAUCAAAGCCGAGCUCGGCACGACGCACGACGUCUGCGAAGAAGCGGUGAAGACGUCGGGGACGCGUAGCCGGUGGAAGGAGGAGCGCGCGAUAUGGCGGGAGUUGGCGGCGAGGCCGACGGAGCCGCUCCGCCGCGCCGUCGUGAGCGCGCUGGUCGCCAAGGUCUUCCAGCAGGCGUCCGGCAUCGGGUCCAUGUCCCAGUACGUGCAGCGCGCGUUCCGCGACGUCGGGGUCGCGUCGGGGCGGCAGAUGCCCAGAGCGCUCGUGGCGUUCGGGCUCGUCGUCGUCGGGUCUUUCUCAGUAUCGCUCGUCCUCGUGGAGCUCGGCUUGCUACUGGUCACCGCGCUCGCGGGCGGCUGCACCAGGCGCGCGCCGUCACACUCUCCGCUCCACCGCAGCGGCAUGAUGAUGAGCCGGCGGCAGGAGCAGCUGAAGCGGUCGAGGGGCAUGUCCGCGACCAUGCUGUUCUCGCUGAUGGCGCUGGUGUGGAUCGCGCUCGGGCCUGUGCAUUGGGCGGACGCGUCGUCGUUGUCCCGCGGCGGCGGCUGCUGCCCGCGGUGGCUGAGGGCGGCGGCGGCCGCGGUGAACAGAGCGGUCAGCGCGGCGAUCUUGUCGAGCUUCGCGUGGGUGUACGGUGCCACCUCCGUCACGGUGCAGGGGAGCUUGCUCGUUUGCUCCGCCGUCGGCGUGCUCGUGUGGUUGUUCUUCUGUGCGUGCCUACUCGGCGCGAAGAGGAGAAGGUGA